CCACAGCGAAGAGGGAGAGAGAGUGAGAAAUUUGCAGAAAUUGCUCCAGGACUCCCUGAGUUUUUCACACAUUUGCAUGUUCGUCUCUCUUUUACUCAAAUUUUCUUCAGUUGUCUCCUCGACAUCAAAUCGGGAGUGGCGGAAAUGAGCGGUUUAGGGUUUAAAUCCGUCGUGUAUCACGGCGACGUGUGGCUGGGGGAGCUGGACACUGUUCCUGUAUCGGAAGAGAACUUUCAGUUUCCGAAUAACGAGAUUCGAAUCCACCACAUAUCGCCGCUCAGUGAACGGUGCCAUCCUCUCUCCGUUCUGCAGACGAUUUCCUCGUUUUCGGUUCGCUGCAAGCUUGAAUCAUCUUCUCUUGUCGAACAGCCGAAUUUGAUUCAUCUCCACUCCUCUUGUUUCUAUGAAUUCAAGACGGCGGUGGUGCUGGUUGGGGAGGAAGAGAUUCACUUGGUGGCAAUGCCGAGUAAGCAGAAGAAAUUUCCAUGCUUUUGGUGCUAUUCGGCUCCGAUGGGUCUAUAUGUUUCCUGUUUAGGGAUGCUGAAUAUGCGUUGUCUUUCAAUUGUGUUUGAUCUUGAUGAGACUCUUAUUGUGGCCAACACCAUGAAGUCGUUUGAUGAUAAGAUUGAGGCUCUUAAGGUUUGGAUGACCCGUGAGAGUGAUCCAGUACGGAUUUUUGGGAUGUCUGCUGAAUUGAAAAGGUAUUCAGAAGAUCGAUGGCUGUUGAAGCAGUAUACUGAGAAUGAUUGCGUUGUGGAUGAUGGAAAGGUGUUUAAGGUUCAAAUGGAAGAGGUUCCUCCACCGUCCGAUGGUCAUGACAGAGUUGUUCGACCUGUGAUAAGGUUGCAGGAGAGGAAUAUUGUUCUUACUCGAAUCAGUCCUGAGAUUCGUGAUACCAGUGUGCUUGUGAGGUUAAGACCUGCAUGGGAAGAUUUGAGAACUUAUUUAACUGCAAAAGGGCGGAAACGUUUUGAAGUUUAUGUUUGUACCAUGGCUGAAAGGGACUAUGCCUUAGAAAUGUGGAGGCUUCUUGAUCCAGAGGCGCACCUGAUAGGUUCAAAGCAACUACUUGACCGAGUUGUUUGCGUCAAUUCAGGUGCUAGGAAGUCUUUGCUAAAUGUCUUCCGAGAUGGUACAUGCCAUCCAAAGAUGGCAAUGGUAAUUGAUGACCGUGCAAAGGUCUGGGAGGAUAAGGAUCAACCCCGAGUUCAUGUAGUUCCCCCAUUCCUUCCUUAUUAUGCUCCUCAGGCUGAGACAGCAAAUGCCGUUCCAGUCCUUUGUGUGGCAAGAAAUGUUGCAUGCAAUGUCAGGGGUUAUUUCUUUAAAGAGUUUGAUGAGAAUUUAUCACGAAAAAUUUCUGAAGUUUUUUAUGAAGAUGAAAUGGUAAACUUGCCUCAUGCCCCUGAUGUGAGCAACUACUUAAUGACUGAGGAUCUUGGUUUAGCAUCAAAUGGCAAUGGAAAUGCUCCUAUUGGUGAAGGAAUGAAUGGGGCUGAAGUGGAAAGGAGACUUAAUCAAUCAGAUGAGAAGCAUGCUUCUGAUUCUUCGUCUACUCAUGUAGCAAUCAGUGGCCCUGAGUUGAAAUCUGAAUUGUCUCAGCCACCUGUUUCCAUUUUCCCUGAUGGUGUUUGCCCAGCAUCUGCAACAGCAUUAUUGCCCUCCCAGAAACCUAUCUUGCUUGGAGCUCCUGUUAGAUGGGAUAGCGUCACCGGUGAUAGUGAUUAUGAGACGAAGAAAAGAGUCCCUAGCAUCAAGCCUCAUUUAGAUUUAAGGAAUCAAAGCACAGGUCAAGCCCCAUUUUCAUCUAGAGUACCAGCACAAUUGUCCUCAUCAUCAGUGCAGCCACAGGGGGACUCAUUAGUUGUAGAAGACUUCAAAAGAGUGCAUAUAACAGAAUCUGACUCCGCAAAAUCUGAUAAACUGCAACCCAUUCAGAAUCCAUUUUCUCCAAGUUCAGCAGCUUCUUCCACCAGUCUAAGCCCACAUGCAACCCAAGUGAAAGUUGAAGAGGUUUGUUAGAAAUUCCUUAAACCACCUCUUCCAGACUUGUGACUCUAAAAUUUUCUCUUGUAGCAGAUGCACCUUGGACAUGAUACACAAAAGCAAAAUCUUCCACAUGCGUGUCAGGUAUCAGGUAUGUAAAUCCUAUUAUUUAUUGAAGUACCUAAAAUUCUAAGUGAUUGGAAAUUUAGAACUGCAAUGUCUGGACCUAGAUCUUAUCCUUUUCCACCUCAUACACAUGAAUAUGUUGAGUUAUUCUUGCUGCUGAACAAAUGAAUUGGCUGAGUUAAU